CUUAAAAGUUGUGUAAAAAAAAGAAAGAAAUUAGUAACGAGUAUAUGAAGCUUCUUGGUCGAUGGAUAAGUUAUGAAAGACAGUGCCCUAACUCCGACAGAGGCUACGAUUUGCUGAAAAGAUCAUAAACAACAACAACAAUAACGAACGAGCUCACAACGACGAUAACAGUAGGACAACAGGUGAACUGAGUUUUUAAUACCUACUUCGCUGCUAAUUAUCGUUCUUUUGAGUUGCAAGAAAGGGGCGUUUAGUAGAUAUGAGUUGGUCCUGUAGUAACUAUCUUUGCUUGUCGAGCUCAACCUCUAGCUCUGUCGUCACUUCCACCGAACUUACCAGGUUUUCCAGAUGCAAGCUGUCUUGUGAGUAUGAAGAACAAAGAAGGAAACAUCAUGACCUAAAGAGACCAGUAAACAUUUUUGCUUACAACGGCUUGAAAUCUCCAUCUUAUAAACUCGACAAACUCCCAAAAAGGAAAGAUCAUGUCUUAAAGAAGCCAAAAAACAUAUCUGCUUACUACAGCUUGAAACCUCCAUCUUAUAAAUUGGAUGCUCUAGAGCCAUAUAUGAGCAAGAGGACCCUUGAGGUGCAUUGGGGAAAGCAUCACCGUGGUUAUGUGGAGAUUUUGAACAAGUAUCUAUCCAAGAACGAUGUAUUGUAUGGAUACACAAUGGACGAAUUGAUCAGAGUGACAUAUAACAGUGGAAAUCCAUUGCCAGAAUUCAAUGUUGCUGCUCAGGUCUGGAAUCAUGAUUUCUUCUGGGAAUCCAUGCAACCAGGAGGUGGAAACUUACCAAUAUUGGGUCUAAUGGAGCAGAUUGAAAAGGAUUUUGGUUCCUUUGCAGAGUUCAGACAAGAGUUUAUAGAAAGUGCCCUGACAUUAUUUGGGUCUGGAUGGGUUUGGCUUGUUUUAAAGAGGAAUGAGCAACGACUUGCAAUAGCUACAACAACAAAUGCUGUAACCCCUCUUGUGUGGGAUGAUAUUCCUCUACUUAGUUUGGAUAUGUGGGAGCAUGCUUAUUAUCUGGAUUACAAGAAUGACAGAGCCCGGUAUGCUAAUGUCUUCAUGGACCAUCUUGUGUCAUGGAACGCGGAGAACCCAAGAUUCCUGUUGCCUAACAUCUCUCUUCUCUCCCUAUCUCUUUUAGACGUGGAUUUUAGGCAUGAAUGAUUGCAAACAUGGCGUUGUAUAUGAUUGAAAUUGUAGUAAAAAAAUCCUUGCAAGAACCGAAAAUAGCAAUGAAGGUAUGACGUGAAUCAAGUUAAAUCAGAGACAAUGUAGGGAAAAGAACAAUUUGAGAAAACAAAUGUUAAUCAUCUUGAAGAUUAGUAUGGUUUGGGGCAAAAUACAUGUUUUGAUAUGUAUUAAAAAAAUGUUCAAUAUAAUUUGAUACAUACACUUCCUCAAGUCCUUAUCGGAUUACACAUCACCAAUUUCUCCAUAGGGUUUUAAGUGUCGCGUUUUAGAAUCGGAUAUCAACCUUGAUUUCAGUUUUCAAACCUUAAAUAUGAUAUGAUGUGUUUUCCUUUACAAAUGCAAAACUACCCUCAUGUCAUGAUAAUUUGUGAUCAUCUUAGAGCA